AUGUCGAUCGACAAGUGCCUCACGUCACUCACCAUCGACAUGUCGGACUGUCAGGCCACGAAGGAGAGCUUCGACAGCUACUGCAAGAUGUUGCAAGACCGGCGCUUUGCGGAUUUGCUGCACAGCCUCCAUGGGCAGAGCUUCUCGAUUCGGAAAUUUGGUAUCCUUUUUUGGGGAGCGGACGAAGCGAAGUACCGGUGCAGGAUGUCCGACGACCUCUUUAAAGUGCUGGCUGGCUUUGCACGAUCAAAAACUUUGCUGAGUUUGACUCUUGGGAAUAUCGAAGGCAUUCCCAGAGUGCUACUAGGCGGACUGAGAUUCGAAAGUCUCGUCUUCUGGCGUGUAACUCUUGGAGUCAAAACCGAAGACGAGAUAUGGUUCAACAACCUCUUGAAUAACAUGGAGUCCCCUGGGACACACAAACCAUACCUAACCAUGAAACUUGUGGACUCACUCCCAAAAUUGUCCCGAGAAAAAUUUAUCCUCCCAGAAUUUCCUCCCACUUCCAUUAGACGCCUUUUGAUCGACGUCACUAACGACCAUACGAUGCGGCGAACGGUGGCACUUCUCCACCGUUGUUAUCACCUCGAAGAUCUAGCGCUGACAUUAACUCCCGACUAUAACAUGGGAAGAAUGGCAAGGGGCUGGAACCCACUCCCCAGCUGGCCAUCGCACAUCCGCCUCCAGCGCUUCUGCAUCAGACACAAAGUCCCGGAGCACAACACGGACGACUUCAACGCGGAAACUUUGAGUCUUCGCGCCCAAGACUCCCUCGUGCGAGCGUUCAACAAUGUUUCUUUUCUGUUGGAAAGACCGGGAUUGGAGAUGGCAUUCUGCAGACUGGAGAAAUUGGAGGUUGAGAUUGACGUGCGGCAUAAUUUCGAGGUCCCCGGACCUACGGACUGGAGCAGGCUUGACGACGCCUUGACGGCUAAAUGCCUCAGGUCCGUUCCAGAGAUCGUGGUGGUAAUCGAGUGUCCCAAGGCCCCUGAGGAUGAAGGGCGGGCUCAGUAUGAUGGGAAUGCUUUCUGGAAGCGCGUCAGGGCCAAGCAUUGGGCGACCGUUUUGGAGCUGACGCAUCUGCAGUCAAAACUUCCCAAAUUACUUUCAAGAUCCCCACCGUUAUUCACCGACAUACAGAUCCUCUGA